UGUACUCCGACAGAGUGACAGCGCAUGCGGGCAUGAUUUUUCCAUUAGUGAUGCCGCGCCUUGAAAAUUUGAAUUCAGACAGCGCCAGUGCUACGAGUCCUUACCAAUUCAAAAACUCCUUCUAAUAUCAUCUUCAAUACCUCAUAUUUCUCUCUGUUUCAAAAACCUCUAAUUUCAAUUCGAAUAAAUCUUUAAUGGCCUCUCGCUAUAACUCCUUCGAUUCAACAUCCUCAACAACCUCUUCCCAUUUCUCAGGCCCAUCUUUCUCCGCUGAACUUACCCACAAUCCAUCAUCGAGAACUACCUCCAGAGCACUUGUGAAAUCUAAACCAUCGGAUCUCUCUCAUACCAAGAUCAAAAGCAAUGAUCACAACUUGUCCACGAUGGUUAAGAAAUUUAUGGAGAAGAAAUCCGCGGGAAAAGGGUCUUCAAAUAAGGGAGUAGCAGGGCUGGUGAUUCCGUCUGAUUUUAUAGCCGAAGACUUGAAGAAGACGGCGAGGAAAGGGACAACCUUUAUUGGGUUGCAGAAGAAAUUAUUUGGGAAGGAGAAAGAGAAGGAGAAGAAGGUAAAAGCAUUGACAGAUGUGAAAGGGACUGGUAAUAAUAGCAAUGCAAGAACAUUGGCCAUGGUGUUGAGGAGUGAGAGGGAGCUUCUGAGUGCUAAUAAGGAGCAGGAGAUGGAGAUUGCUGAGCUCAAGUUGACGCUUGAAGCGAAGAACAGAGAAGUUGAGAAAUUGAAGGAUUUGUGCUUGAAGCAAAGGGAAGAGAUUAAGUCACUAAAAAGUGCAAUUCUUUUUCCUGAUGUAAUGAAUUCUCAACUUCAAGAGCUAUUAGAGAAGCAAGGAUCAGAAUUGAAACAAGCAAAACAACUCAUCCCAAGUCUCCAAAGGCAGGUCACUUCUCUUACAGGCCAGCUACAGUGCCUCGCCGAAGAUCUUGCUGAGGUAAAAGCUGAAAAAUACACUAGGGGCUAUAUGCAACACCCUGGCAACUCACCAAGAACACCAAAUUAUGAUCAUGAAGAAGCAGCUAAUUCUUUAGAAUUCAGUUCUUGGGAUGCUGCAAGCCCAGGCAGUCCAGAUGACAUGUUUCUUAAGGAUGUGAAUCCGUGUUUAACACCCCAUUAUGCAAAGACAAAAUCUAAGGAAUAUGAGGCAAUCGACUAUGAUUCUCCACUUAAUGACAGCUUAUCUAAGAAAAAUAUGCAAAUGUAUGAAUAUGAUGAAAAUGGUUUCAACUCAAGUCUCAGGAAGAUGUCUAAAAGUUCAGAUUGCUAUAAGAACAACAAUCACACAGACAGCAUAAUGGCAAGAGCAGCUCGCAGAUCAGAUGAAAGUAAAUGCACAUAUGUGAAGCAAAUGCACCUAAGACCUUUCUGAUGCAUUUACUGGCUUUGGUGAAGCAUAACUCGUCUGCCACUGGCAUAUCGUUUUUUUGUUACCUUUUUGCCUGUUAUGGAUUACAGAUAUGUUAAAAAAAAUAGACGUCAAACUCAAGGUAGUAGCUCCUAGUUGUACAAGGUUUCAAGCAUACAUAUUAUGCUAUUAGUAUGUUUCAAGCACUUGAAUAAGGGAUGAAAAAGCCACGUAAUAAGUCAGAAAAGUCGCUAUGCGCCCUAUAUCAUUGCUAUUAAUCAAAUGCUAUUUCGUAUGAGUUUGCCAAUA